AUGAAUGCGGAAACAAAAGAUUCAGCAGAUAAAGCUUCAAAAUCACUUGCAACAGCUAUGGAUAAAAUUGUACAAUUGGAAUCAGCACUUACUAAAGCACGUUCUGAAACUGCGAUGUUACAACGGCGGUUAGCAGAAUCUUCAGACGAAGUAAUACGGACAAAAGGAAGAUUGCGUGAAAAAGAACGCACAUUAGAUGAAAGAACUUGUGCUCUUGAAGAUGCUGAAAUUAAAGUUGGAAUGAUGCGAGAUGUAAUGGUUGAGAGAGGCAUAUUAGAGGAUAAUACAAAUCAAGGAACAUUAGCUUCACAAUAUAAGGAGAUGGAGCUAAAGGAAAUUCAACAAAAGCUUCAACUAGCACAGGAUAAACUGGCGAAAGUAGAAUCCGAUUAUAAUACUGCAAUGCAUUAUGUGCAAGGGACAGAAAAAAUGUUAAGACGACUAAAAGAUGAAUUACAAAAAAGUAAAGUCGAUUCAUUGAAGUUAGAAAAACAAUUGACAGUUGCUCAGGAACGAAAUGAAGAAUUGGAAGAAAAACUUUCCGAAGUUAAAAAUCAAGUUUCAGUUCGUAAAGGUGUUCAAGAUUCAAAACUCCAGGAAGAAUAUGGCCAAGAAAUGACUGAAGUGCAACAAAAAAUGAAAGAUUUGAUUGUACAAAUUGAUCGUGCACGGGAAGAGAAAAAAAUGGUGGACAUUUCAUAUGAAGCUUUACGUAAAGAAUUUAAAACAAUGCAAAAAGAUCAAAACACUUUAAGGCAAACGAACCAGUCACUUAAAGAACAACUUGCAGUUUCUACAAAUAAAGUAGAUCAACUUAAAAAAGAAAAUGAACAUUUAAAUCAGCAACUUGCCGAUGAUUUGAAUAAAAUAAAUGAUAAUAUUCCAAAUAAUAUUAAAAUUAAGCAACAUGAGAAAUGGGAUGAACAGCGUGGAGUACUUGAAAGGCAAAUUGCACAACUGCAUGAAACAAAUAAAAAACUUGAGAGAGAAAAUGUAGAUUUUGAACAAAAAUUACAAGAAUCUGAGAAUAAAAUUUCAUUAUUGCUUGAUCAAAUGGAAACUGCAGUGGACAGUUAUCGUGAUAUUGAGGUUGAUAUCAAAUCAACGAGUCCAAGAAAUUCAAAUAUAAUUGAUUCUAUGACAGAUAAACUUGAUGAUGAACUUGAUGCCUUGAAUUCUCGAUGGGGAAAUAUGAAUGAUGAAGGUCCUGAGGCAGAUGAUUAUAUUAAUCGUAAUUGGAAUAGAUUCCCAAAUGGAACAGAUAAUGAAAGUAGAGCAUCAUCAAAUCUAGAUGAAUAUGAGGAUAUGAUUGCAGCAUUAGAACAA